AUGGCACGAAGAGGUCGUUCUCCGUCUCCCUCCCGGCGCUCAAGUCCGCCCCCAAUGCGGGCCAGUCCUCGAGCCAGUCCACCACCACAGCAAUCGAGAGCACCGGCACCCGUACCACAACAGCCCACUGCGAUGGCGGCACCGAUGGCCGCACCGCAAGGACCCGGUCUUAUGGCGCAGAUGGCGGCCACCGCUGGCGGCGUAGCCAUUGGAUCAGCUGUUGGCCACACCAUCGGACACGCGAUGACCGGUGCGUUCAGCGGCGGCUCUGACAAUGAGGCCCAACAGCAACAACAGGCGCCUCCACCUUGA